UAGCAUGUCUAUUAUGUUACACUUCAAGGACCAGGACAGUAUGUGGUGGUAAUGCACCAUAAUGUUGGAUGCCAACCGCCGAUAAACCCCCCCGAAGAAGAAGAAGCCAUUAUACCAUAGAAGAAUAGUGCAUCUACAGAAUGUCUGUGAACGAGGAGCGCACCGUGACCGUACAGGACAUUCUGGAAGACGAGGAGCUGCAAGAGGCGUAUGCUGUGUUGGCUGGAAGUGAUCCAGAUAAUUGUUCCUAUCCCCAGGGAUAUGUGAAGAGACAGGCUGUUUUUGCCUGCAACACUUGCACACCCAGAGGGGUAGAACCUGCUGGGCUCUGCCUUGCCUGCACCAACCAUUGCCAUGAUGGGCAUGACAUAUUUGAGCUCUACACAAAAAGGAAUUUCCGCUGUGAUUGUGGAAACAGCAAGUUUGGCGUGUUUAGGUGCCAGCUGAGUCCUGGCAAAGACCAACUAAACGCAAAAAAUCAUUAUAAUCACAACUUCCAUGGCUGUUACUGUACCUGUGACAGACCUUACCCAGACACUGAAGAUCAGGUUAAUGAGGAUAUGAUUCAGUGCAUCAUCUGUGAGGACUGGUAUCAUCCCAGGCACCUGGGUUGUACGGUGGAAGACUCUGAGGAGCUGCAGGAGAUGGUGUGUGAGACCUGCAUGAACAAAGCCCCCUUCCUCUGGACAUACUCCACCCACAUUGCAGAACCUCCUGUGGUCAAAGUGAGCCCCUGUAAAGGGGAGGUUGAAGUCAAUAAGGAGCCAGAGGACAAGAGGAGUGAUGAGCCCUGUAAGAACGGGGGCGAGGGGUCCUCUACCAGCCCCAGCUGUCAAGAGAAGAAUGAGGCUACGAAUGGGAGGACUGCCUGCAAACGGACUCACCAGGAGAUGACAGGCCUUCCUGUGAAGAGCCAGGACAAGACUGUGUAUUGCAGGCUGAGGGAGCUGAAGACACAGGGCCUGGAGAGAGCUAGGGAAGGGGCUGUGUUCUGGCCUUACCACUGGAGAGCCACGCUGUGCACCUGCGUCAGCUGCAAGAGGGCCUACGUCGACGCGGGAGUGCAGUUCCUGCUGGAUGAGUCAGACACUGUCCUGGCCUAUGAGAACAGAGGCACUGUAGAGCAAGGACCUGCUAGUCUUGACAGUCUGCUCAUGUCAAGCCUGAGUACUCUGGACCGCGUGCAGCAACUGGAGAUUGUUUACCAGUUCAAUGAGAUGCAGACUGAACUGAUGACAUUCCUACGGCAGAUAGCUGAUGAAGGAAAGGUUGUCACAGCAGAGGCCAUCCACCAGUUCUUUGGGGAGCUGAUGUCCAGGAAGAGGCGGCAAAUGAACAGCUGAUGUCAUUCUGCCCCUCAGUGGCGUUGUCUACUUGUUUUUUAAUGUUACUUUGGGUUCAUAGCAAAACAGUUCGAUGUCCCUCAAACGCCUUCUGCUUUAAAUAAAAGAUGCUGUUGCUGAGGUUUGAAGUUGAACAUUUUGCUAAAAGGUUAUUGAAUGGGUCUCCAUGAAUUUCAAAUGACAUUCCUUGUCUUAUGAGAAACUGACAGUUAGCAUGCUGGGAGAGAUGCUAAUGAUUUUAAUCAUGGACAUGAAGUCUAAGUUGUCGUUAGACUUUCAUUAUGUGACACCCGACUAUGCACUGCCAUUCAUAUUGAAGCGUGACAAUUUGAUGGUGUCACUGGUAUUAAAUGAAACAGUUCAUUCA